UAUUGCGGUCGAAGUUCAGUGAACUUCGCACCUGACAGAGUAGCCUAUUCAUCAGCUGGUUCCGAUGGACAGUGUAUUUUAGAUGCGAAGAAAAUGUCUCGAAACCGUGUCAAGUUCAAGCGGAAAUCAAAACAUAGAAAGGAGGAUAGUUCUAAAAUUGUUCCUAUUAAAGACGCUCAAUCAGCCGUGGAAGGAAUCAAGACUCUGGAAUCAACGAGGUGCGCGAGCAAGAAAGAAAAGUCCGCCAAACAAGUGCACAUCGCUUUUCUACCGGAGAAAUACCAACCGCUGGUUGAGGAUGAUAUUGACCAACCACGAGAUGACAAUAUCACGAAAAAACAAGACAAAUAUAAAAAGUUCAGAAAAAAUGUGGGAAAAGCUCUUCGCUACACCUGGAAGUGUCUAGUGGUUGGACUGCAGAAUUUGAGCACGGCUUAUUCUAUGCCACUGGGUGCCGCUACCACAAUAGUACCAGAGAUCCACAGAGCCAGAUCUCACGUCUAACACAUGACUCAAGAUCAGGUGGUUACAUUAUGAGUAGCACAGUGGUCAGUGUUGGAUCCCCAUUUUUACUGCAGCCCCUUCCACAUUAGUGGAAGUGCAAAAGGUGUAUUUUUAUUUAUGUGCCACUGUUAUCAAAAGAGAUGGCAAGGAAGAGACUACAUUGGUGAGAUAAUUUGCCUUUGAUAAGAAAAUACUGAGUAGAGGCUGUGAUGGACUGCGAUUAAUUAAUGCACAUAUUUUUCUGAUAAUG